AUUGUUGUAAGGAUGACAUAACACAUGCCUUGCCUUCUAAUGAGCCUUGUAUACAAGGUAAUACAAUUUUCAUUCAGAUAUAAUUUUUUAAGUACGUAGUAAGAUUUCUGUGGACAUUGCAUUGGAAAUUGGUCAUCAGCUUAUCCACACCAAAUGUCAUCUACAUUGGUAGUAUCUACUAAUUCCAUGGACUCGUCGCAAAAGAGGCUGUUCUUUUCUUUCUGCAAUGAACAUCUCCUGUACCCUGUUUUUGUGAAAAUUAUUUUGAAUUUUGACUAACGUGACGUCACGUUACAGUAAGAUGGUUGAGUAAGUUUAUUUUUAUAAUUAUGUUAUUUUUUUAAUGGACUUUCAUAGUCAACUUAUGUCAUAGUUUCAUAGUCAACUUUAAGUCUUUAUACAAUGAACUAGCUACAUUUUAUUUUACAGUCUAUGAUUUAUCACUAUCAUCUUAGAUAGGUAUAGGUAUAAAGAAGAGAAACAAACAAAUAUACAAAGUCACUUCCGCGUUUAUAAUAGUAGUUAGGAUUUAAAACAUGAGUUUUAGCCAUUUUGGCGAGAUUUAGGCAAUAUAUGUUGGAAAAAUUAUAUGAUUCUUGAAUUUAGCUCGAUACGUUUUAGACGUCACGCUCAGAAGGGGUCUUCUCCACGUCUCCCUGUUUGAUGUUAACUGAUCUGCUAAGUGCAUACUUACGAGUACCUAAGUGUAAGUAGGUACAUAUUUUUUACAAUUUUCUGACCUUGUCUUGUACCCUAGAUAGCAUAGAUUAAUGGUUAGAGGAUUGGGCUCAAUAUUUUAUUAUCUAUGAGCGAGACAGAUACGGCAGAAGACAGAAAUAAUUCAACGAUUGAUAGAUUGAAGGUUGAGAAAGAUUUUUACAAAGUCUGAUAAUAUUUGUUAUAGACAAACUUUUGUUUCAAGCAAACCGUUAGCUUAUGUCUGAUGAAUAUCGUGUUCAGAAUAUUCACCGGUACACCAGGAAGACAUACAAAAAUGCACGGAGCGCGCAAGGUCAUGACGUUCAUAGCCCAAGAGAAAAUGGGAAUAUAGAGAUAUCAGAGCUGUCUCCUCGCAGCGAAAUCCGCAGCGAUGGCUUCGCCUACGACCCGGCCGGUCCCGGCUGCAGCUGCGACAUCGACCAGGAGGCGGACAUAGCUAACAUACUGCACAAGAAGUGUCCCGUUAUUAAUUUGGCUCAGCAGCAACUGCACCGCCUCUUAGAUGAGACGGAUAAACUUUUGAGUGAAAACCCACACUGUUGCAGAUCAUUAUACGAUUGUUUCUGCUACUUUAGAGAAUUACUUUUGAAACACCAGAAAUACGUAAUAUUCAUUUAUAUUGGUUGGACUUUUCUGGUGGGUCUUAUCAUGGGUGCAGCUACGUGUGGAUCCUUCCUCGGUAGAUUUAACAGCCCCAUAUUAACAUGCAUUGACAACUUCUUCAUACCUGAUCAACAUAUGAUUGUUCAUGAUGCUUAUAGUAUUGUAUGAAUGUUAUUUUUAAGAUACUGAAUAUACUUGUAUAUUAUUCAAAUAUAGUAUAAUUUGCUAAUAUAGAGAAGUCCCUAUAGAGCCCAUAGCCCAUAGAGCUAUUCACUUUGGGGCUCCUUGGAUCUAAUAAAUAAUAUAUUAAUCUUUUAAAAAUGUUUUUGAUUCUGCAUUGUGUUGAUUCUAAAACUAAGUAAUUUACAUCAUUCAAAGUUGAGUCAAUGCAUAAACAAUUUUUCUCUGGGUAACGCAGCUUGAUCAGUGAUGAGAUGAAA